AAAAAAAGUAUGACAGUUGAAAUGUCAAAAACAUAUGCCGAAAAAUUAUUUAUACGUCCGGCGUGAACGUUUUGUUGUGCAAUCACAUUCCACAUAAAGGAAAAACAUUUUCCAGCCGUCGAAGUGCAACAAGUUUACAAUUUUCAUUGUAGAGGCAACGAGACGCACGCAGGCCUUAGUAGCAAAAUGUUUCUGCAACAAUUCCGACGCUCAUUCCACGUAACACGUUUCGCUUGCAAUGCCAGUAAGGAGAAAAAUGCAUUGGCCACGUUGCGGAAGAAAACCGGCUACACAUUUGCCAAUUGCAAAAAGGCAUUAGAAUUGCAUCAGAAUGAUCUUGAAUUGGCUGAAAAAUGGUUACGUGAACAGGCACAAAGUCUUGGCUGGUCCAAGGCUACCAAACUAGCUGAACGGAGCACAGCACAAGGUUUAGUCGGUGUAUUGAUACGUGGUCGUAUUGGCGCUAUGGUGGAGGUUAAUUGUGAGACAGAUUUUGUUGCACGUAACGAACAUUUCAAGAGCUUUGUUGAUCGUGCAUCGCGCCUUUGUGUAAGAUACACAGAAGCUUCUGAUUUUGAUGGUGAUCUCUGGAAGCUUGGUUUUGAAUCAGAGGCGCUGAUGAAACUUAGCGAUGGAGAAGGCAAAUCUCUAGGAGAUCAUCUAGCACUAUUGAUUGGUACUGUUGGCGAAAAUGCUACUAUUAAACGUGCGAUUUGCUUUAAAACCAAUAAUGAUGUGCAACUCUCUGGUUAUGCACAUCCCUCACUAUCCAAUGAUGCAGUUUUAGAUGACAUAACACAAGUCGGAAAAUAUGGUGCUUUGGUAGCUGUUCGUUCUGGCAAUAAAGUAGAUGACGAAUUUCAAAAAAAUUUAUGCCAGCACAUUGUUGGCUAUAAUCCAAAGAAAAUCGGAGAAGAAGGGAAGGAUAAACCCUUGGCUGAGAAAGAUGACGAACCUUGUCUCAUCUAUCAGGAAUUCAUUGUCGACCCCGAUAGAAGUGUGGGUGAAGCACUCAAAGAAUAUGAUGUGUCUAUUGUUGAUUAUCAAAGAUUUGAAUGUGGUGAAAAAUUGAAGAGUGAACAAGUUGAGGCCGUGAAUCUAAAUUGAACAAAACAUUAAUUAUAUAUUUAAU